AUGGGCAAUGAGCUCACCUCAGCGCCGAGGAGGGAGGGUUCAGAGACCGGCUUGUGCAUUGAGUUGGCGGGACCGCCUACUCCCGCCAAGGUGGCUUCCAGUCAGCCUCUUCUGGCAUCUUCUGGUGCCCUCUCCAACAUCACCGCACUAUUGCCCACCACACUCCAGGUCUACCUCGACAAGUCCAUCGCCAGCCUAGCCAAAGCUAUCGCGAACUACUCCGAGUACAUCUCGGACACCACCGGCAUCGACCCGAAUCUCAUCCUCUACUCCACCAUUGGCUGCAUCCUUCUCGCAGUCCCCUUCACCAUGUCUCGAUACGGCUGGUCGACAAAUCGGGAACAAAUAUCCCCCUACGGCUCCACCCUCAGCGGCGUUCCCGACGUCACGGACGAAGACUUUAGCUACAUCACUACCGAGGACCUGCAGUCAACCUCCCUCGGUGGCUCGGUCCCGACGAGAUCAUACGCUCACAACCCCCGAUCCCGCGGCAGCGUCCCCGAAGACGACAUCCUUCUUAUCAAGCACAAGGGCGUCACCUACCCGGCCCACUUCCCCGCGUAUGCGAUUGGCGACGGCAAACUGCGCGUCCGCGACGUUCGAGACCGCGUAGGAGUCCUGCUGGAGCUAUCCGAGAGACGUGGGCGCCGCGUCAAGCUCCUUUACAAGGGCCGCCAGCUCAAGGAGCCGGCUGCGCCCGUCCGAGAUUAUGGUGUCAAGAACAACAGCGAGGUCAUGGUAGUCCUGCCCGAGGGUGAGGUCGACGCCGAGAGCAGCGAAGACUCGGAUGAGGAAAUGGUAGUCGUGGCCGGGGACGGUGGUAGCGCUGUGGGCAGCAACGGCGGCACCGACGAUGGAAAGAAGCGCCGCGGCAAGAAGAAGAGUCGCAAGCCCAAGAAGCGAAGCAGCAACACGAGCCCGCGGGACAGCGCAUCAAAUCUCGGCAUCCCCUCUCAAGACAGACAAACCUCGCCGUCUCCCAGCAAGGCUAACGGUCCCCAUGCCAAGCUCGAUGCCAUUGCCGCGAAAUUCGAAGCGGAUUUGCGUCAGCCUUGCGAGGACUUCAUCGCAUCACCGCCGACGGACACGAAGAAGCGAGAGGAGGAGCAUCGCAAGCUGUCCGAGACAACGAUGCAGCACGUGCUCCUGAAGCUUGACGAGGUCGAGAUGGAAGGCAACCAGGAGGCCAGGAUCAAGAGGAAGGCCUUGGUACAGACCGUGCAGGAUGUUUUGAAGCGCCUUGACGCGAAGCUCAAGUAA